AUGUCUUCAUUGUACGCGACACCCACGUCAGCCGCAGGCAGUGAUGCGCGGACCAACGUGGUCUACGCCGCCAACCGCCUCAAAGAGAAGUUUCCAGAGAGCAUAAGUUGGGACGACCUUGUCGCAUUCGUGCUGCCCUCGCAUAAGCGGACAGAAGAACAGAUCGAUAUGUUCCGGCGUUUCCUCCAGGUCAAUCCCAAAGUCAGCCACGACCCAGCCACGGAUAGCUACAGGUUCAAACCGCUCCACGACAUCGCGUCGGCCGACGACUUGCUCAAGUACCUCCAGAACCAGGAUUCAGCUCUGGGGCUUAAUGUGCGCGAGUUGAAGGAUGGCUGGACGGAUGUUGAGGAGACGAUCGACCGGCUCGAGGCCGAACACAAGAUCCUGGUGGUCCGCAAUAAGAAGGACAACCAUCCGCGCAUGGUCUGGCUCGACGACCCGACCCUCGUCGCACCUCUGGACCAAGAAUUUAAGGACAUCUGGUUACAGAUCCCGUUGCCGUCGGUCGAAGACACCAUCAAGGAAUUGCGUCGGAUGAAUCACAAGUCGACUGGUGAGCCAGCGCGGACCGAUGCGAUCACCAGGCCCAAGAAGGAGAAGAGAAAAGUGCGGCGUGGACAAAAGGUCACCAACGUGCAUAUGCAGGGCUUGUUCAGGGACUAUUCGGAGAGACGACCACAAGGCGGGAAAUGA